AUGUCGUCGAAUGGUGCCUGGAAACUUCAGAGAACAUCUCAGUGCAAGUGCACUUCUUACAGUACAUAUACCAGUUGUUCCGAUAUUGCUCAUUUUUCAAAUCCUGUAUAUGCUGUAGUACAGAAAUUACAAAUUAUGUUAGGUUCGUGUUUAUCUUAUGCAGAUAAAAAGACCAAUUACAUGUGCGGUGUGAAUACAUCGCUGUGUUGUGGGCGUGACCGCCGCCCUUCCCGGCCUCCGUCUGCGUCGCGACUCGUCCCUCUGCGCUUCGAGCUGCCCUCCAACGCCUCGCUGGUUCUGGGUAGAAUCAACACCGGAUUCGACUGCGCCGAACUUCCCUACGGAUACUACGCCGACACCAGCAACGACUGCGCCCUGUUCCACGUGUGUCUGCCCUACAUCGACAACGACCUCUACAUCACCCGCCACUUCUCCUUCAUGUGCGGCGAGGGCACCAUGUUCGACCAGGAACGUCUCGUGUGCGCCUUCCCCGAGGAGGCCCUUCCCUGCUCCGAGGCCGCCGCCUUCAGGAGGUCCAACGAAUACUUCGGCCGCGCCGACGUCAACUUCCUGGAGAAGUAGAGCCUCGGAUGAGGACACAGGGUCGAUCCUCGACGUU